CUCCUCUCCUCUCUUUCUGUCACAUUCUCAGUCUCAAUCUCCAAACGAAACCCCAAAAUCCUGCAAAUCCCAAACUCCAAUCUUCAUCAAGACCCUAACCUUGUUCACUUGUCAUACACAGUACAGAUGUCCGCUUCAUCAGCUCGCCGGAUAAAGGAACGCGGCGGCGGCGGAGGGAGGGUGGCUGCAUCGAUGGCGGCGAAGCCCUCCAAAACCCUUACCCCGGUCUCCGCAAAACUCGCCGCCCAAAAGUCCGCUGGUAAGGAAAACCAUAACUCUAGAGCCAUCUCCACGGGCCGGGCGGCGGUGGCAGCGCAGAAGCCUGCGAUUCGGCCGAUACCGCGGACCGACAGGCUCUCGGUUUGUUCGGGCGACGUCGGGGAGUCCCGUGUUCGGCAGUCGACCUCGUCGGUGACGAAAGGUAGGAGUUCUAGCCCGUUUGAAUUCAAUCGGAUUUUGUCUGAUAUGCGUAAGGGUACUGGAGGUGCAGUGGAGCGGUCUUUGUCGCGUGGAAGGAAAUCUACGAGUGGGGUUAGGGUUCUUGAGAGGUCUCAGCAAAAUAAGGAUGCGGAAUCUAGUGAAAAUAACACAAGGUUUCUGAAGGACACCAAGGUUUCAGUGUAUGCCAAGGUCAGUUUGGAGAAAAGUAGUCAAAUUUCUAAGAUAUGUAAAUUAACAGAAGAGAGUAAAAAAUCUAGGCCUAAUUUGUGCCCAGUGGUGACAAACUCGUGCUUAGAUGGUCGUACCUUGGAGCCCGAUUCAGAUUUCAAGGUGAAAGUGUCGGAUAAUUUUAAAGUUCACGAGGAAUCAAAGGGGAUAUCUUCCACUGAUUUGAGAUCGGUUAGAGAUGAGAAGCGUGUGAAUUGUAUUGACACGGGUGUGAAAGAAUUGGGCCAACAAACUCAGAAUGGUUCAAGAGGUUUAGAGAGCUUGAAACAGAACGAUUUAGAGGAAGGUAUGGGUGAUCGGAGCAUCAACAAGUACCCAAGCAAACUUCACGAGAAGCUUGCCUUUCUGGAAGGCAGGGUUAAGAGGAUUGCAUCUGAUAUUAAGAGAACAAAAGAGAUGUUAGAUAUGAAUAACCCAGAUACAUCAAAAGCAAUACUUUCAGACAUUCAGGAAAAGAUUUCAGGAAUUGAGAAGGCAAUUGGAAAUGUUGUUAAUGGUCCUAGUGAGAAGAUAGAUGCACCUUGUUCUGCUGAAAAGGGCGAUAUACAACAUAAAACUUUGGAAAACAGUCAAAUCAAGGCAGUGGGUUGUUUGAAAAGUUCUUAUAAGGGCUUGAAUGCUGAGGAGCUGGAGGCAAGACAUUUUCCUCAUCAUAAGUUGCUCAGAAGUCGGACAUCAUUAAAGGCGUCUUCAGAAAGCUCUCAAAAUCAUCAGUCUAAUAUAGAGUCUUGCACUGAAUUAAAACCUCAAGAGAAGUUAUUGAGCCCCAUUCAUGAGAAUCUCAUUGCAUUGGAGUUCUUGGCCUCCCUUAACAAGGAUCAGUCUAAGGUGACAAGGAGGGGUGAGAAUGUUGGUCUUGAUGUCUCUGAAGUUCAAGAAACUGAUGGUUAUGUGACGUCAACAGCACAAGGUUCUGUCAGUAUGGCCAACAGAAUAUGUGAUCUUGAGCUCAUGCUAAGGACAAAUGAAACACUUGAUGAGUUUGAUGAUCAGGAGAAUAGACCAGGAAUAAUCAUUGAAGAGGAGGCUGAAGAUAGUGGCAUUUAUCAGUUAAAUGAGAUUGGCCGUAAGAGCUCAACUGGAGGAUGGUUUGUACUAGAAGGAGAAGCUGUUCUUCUUGCUCAUGAUGACGGCUCCUGUUCCUUCUAUGAUAUUGCUAAUUGUGAGGAGAAAGCUGAAUACAGGCCCCCUGUUGGGACAUCACCAAAUGUGUGGAGAGAUUGUUGGAUAAUUCGUGCCCCUGGUGUUGAUGGUUGGUCUGGAAGAUAUGUUGUUGCUGCAUCUGCUGGAAAUACAUUGGAUUCAGGAUUUUGUUCAUGGGAUUUCUACACUAAAGAUGUGCGAGCUUUCCACAUGGAGGAUGAGACUACUAGUUCAAGAACAGCGCUUGCUCCCAUAUCCAACACCACCUUAUAUAGAAGAAAUACGCUAUCCGCAUGUAUGGCUCCACAGAACCAACAAUGGUGGUAUAAACCUUGUGGACCACUGAUCGUCUCAACAGCCAGCUCUCAAAAGGCUGUUAGAAUAUAUGAUAUCCGUGAUGGGGAGCAGGUCAUGAAAUGGGAAGUGCAGAAGCCCGUCCUAGAAAUGGAUUAUUCAAGUCCUUUGCAAUGGAGGAACAGAGGAAAAGUCGUUGUGGCAGAGACAGAAAGUAUUUCUUUAUGGGAUGUGAGCUCUCUCAAUUCUCAAGCUCUGUUGUCUGUCUCUUCUUUUGGUAGAAAGGUGUCAGCUCUUCACGUGAAUAACACUGAUGCUGAACUGGGUGGAGGAGUAAGGCAAAGAGUAAGUUCUGUUGAAGUAGAAGGAAAUGAUGGUGUAUUCUGCACUGCUGAUUCCAUUAAUGUAUUAGAUUUCCGCCAGCCAUCUGGUGUAGGUCUCAAGAUACCCAUACUUGGUGUGAAUGUGCAGUCUGUUUUUUCUCAUGGAGAUUCCAUUUUUAUUGGUUGUACAAAUGCAAGGUUAGCUGGAAUAAAGCAGCCUUGCUCACAGGUGCAGCAGUUUUCAUUGCGGAAACAACGGCUUUUCAGCACUUAUUCAUUCCCAGAAGCAAACGCUCAUGCUCAUUGCAUGGACAUAACACAAGUUUGGGGGAACUCAGAUUUUGUCAUGGGAGCUUGUGGACUGGGGCUAUUUGUUUUUGAUGCCUUGAAGGAUGAUGGAUUGCAGUCUUCAACCAUUGAGUUCGAUAACUUGCAGAAGGUUAGAGAAACAAUUGGACCAGAUGACCUGUAUUCCCCUUCGUUUGAUUACUUGUCAUCCCGGGUUCUCCUUAUAUCAAGGGAUCGCCCGGCUCUCUGGAGGUACUUGACAUGACCUUGCUGAAUCUUGAAGGCUUGAUUUAAUCUUCCUGUUAAAAAUACAGAAGGUUCAGCAUGGUAGACUUUUGUCUUAGGUUUGCUAUAUAUUUCAUGCUCUAUGAAAUAUUAAAACAAUUUUUUAUAUUUA